UAAGGUCCGACUCUGCCACAGCGAAGAAACAACAAAGAGAAAGAAAAAAAAAAAAGAAUGUCAUUUCAUCUAUGCUCCUCUCCUUCAUCACUCCUCCACGAUCCUAAUCUGUUCUCAGUUCACCCGAAACCCACUCCAAGAACUUUCUUUUCCUCUUACAACCCCAACUCUCCUCCCUUCCACUCCAGAAACCUUCUCCAAACAAUCCACGUGUCAAUACAAGAAGCGAUUCCACAAGAAACCCACAUCGAAAAAUCCAAACUUGACGCGAACCCACCAGUCGCGGGCUCCAAAAGAAACGCCUGGGUGAACCCCAAGAGCCCUAGAGCUUCUCAGCUCCGUAGAAAGUCGUACGACUCGAGGUACUCUUCUCUCGUCAAACUAGCCGAGUCUCUAGACGCGUGUGCCCCAAACGAGGCUGAUGUCUCUGAUGUAAUAACUAAGUUCGGUAGUAACCUCUUUGAGCAAGACGCCGUUGUUACCCUCAACAACAUGACAAACCCAGAAACCGCGCCUCUUGUGUUGAUUAAUCUUCUCGAGACGGUUAAACCGAGCAGGGAAGUGAUUCUCUACAAUGUCACAAUGAAGGUGUUGAGGAAGUCCAAGGAUCUCGAGAAGGCCGAGAAGCUGUUCGACGAAAUGCUCCAGAGAGGAGUUAAACCGGACAACGCAACGUUCACCACUUUAAUCAGCUGCGCUAGGCAGUGCGGUUUACCUAAGAGAGCUGUUGAGUGGUUUGAGAAAAUGCCUUCCUUUGGCUGUGAGCCUGAUAACGUCACUUUGGCUGCUAUGAUCGAUGCUUAUGGUCGUGCUGGUAACGUCGAGAUGGCCUUGAGCUUGUAUGACCGUGCGAGGACUGAGAAAUGGCGUAUCGACGCUGUUACCUUUUCGACUUUGAUUAGGAUAUAUGGUUACUCUGGAAACUAUGAUGGGUGUCUCAACAUCUACGAAGAGAUGAAGUCUCUUGGUGUGAAGCCUAAUCUGGUUAUUUACAAUAGGUUGUUGGAUUCCAUGGGUAAAGCCAAGAGGCCCUGGCAGGCGAAGAUUAUUCACAGGGAUCUUAUUAGCAAUGGGUUUGAACCUAACUGGAGUACUUAUGCUGCUCUUGUUAGAGCCUAUGGUAGAGCUCGUUAUGGGGAUGAUGCGCUUGUGAUCUACCGAGAGAUGAAGGAGAAAGGAUUGGAGUUGACUGUGAUUCUCUACAAUACUCUCUUGUCCAUGUGUGCUGAUAUCGGAUACGUGGAUGAGGCUUUUGAGAUUUUUCAGGAUAUGAAGAGUUGUGGGACUUGUGAGCCUGACAGCUGGACUUUCUCUUCGCUCAUCACUGUGUACUCUUGCUGUGGGAGGGUGGCUGAGGCUGAGGCGGCUCUGCUUGAGAUGAGAGAAGCUGGUUUUGAGCCUACUCUGUUUGUGCUCACGUCGGUGAUCCAGUGUUACGGGAAAGCCAAGCAGGUUGAUGAUGUUGUGAGGACGUUUGAUCAAGUGUUGGAACUUGGUAUAGAGCCAGACGACAGAUUCUGUGGUUGCCUUCUGAAUGUAAUGACUCAGACACCGAGUGAGGAAAUCGGUAAACUCAUUGAAUGUGUGGAGAAGGCUAUGCCAAAGCUUGGUCAUGUAGUAAAGAUGCUGGUUCAGGAUGAAAGCUGCGAGGAAGGGGUGUUGAAGAAGGAAGCAUCUGAGUUGAUUGAUUCCAUCGGCUCUGAUGUGAAGAAAGCAUAUUUGAAUUGCUUGAUUGAUCUCUGUGUUAAUCUCAGUGAGUUGGAAAAAGCUUGUGAGAUUCUACAACUGGGGAUGGAGUGUGACAUUUAUUCAAGUCUACAAUCGAAAUCUGCUACCCAAUGGUCCUUACAUCUGAAAAGUCUCUCUCUCGGGGCAGCUCUUACCGCUCUUCAUGGUUGGAUGAACGACUUAACAGAGACAGCUCUGACAUCGGGAGAAGAGUUCCCUCCGUUGCUUGGAAUCAACACUGGACAUGGGAAACACAAAUACUCUGACAAAGGUCUAGCAGCUGUUGUUGAGUCUCACUUAAAGGAGCUUAAUGCUCCCUUCCAUGAAGCUCCAGAUAAGGUUGGUUGGUUCUUGACUACAAGUGUUGCGGCAAAGGAAUGGUUGGAGUCUAGACGUUCAUCAGGAGAAGUUUCUGCAUAGUUCUUUGGUAUGUAACCUUUGGUAUGUCUAUGUGGCUUUGGGUUUUAUUCACUAUGUAGCUUUCUUCAUCCUGAUACCGGAAGUUUCUGGAUCAGGAAAGAUUUUUGUAAUGCUAGCAAACUCCGUGUUAUACACAUUUGAUCAAGUCUCCUUCAACUUAGUUCAUGGUCUUUUUUUCA